AUGCCCGUUUCAGCACAUGACGUGUCGCCUUCUUCAGCCCCCUUUUUGAACGGCGGGCCCCCCGGCGCCCAUUUCGCCUGCGGAAAGGGAGAUGGAACGCCAUGGUGGCGGCUGAAUGGCUGGAGGGGCUGUUGCUGCUGCGCACCGCGCUACUGGGUUGUUUCCGCCACGACGCUCAUGGGGUUGCUGACGGGGAGUAUAUACUUUGGGUGGGCAGCUCUGGCCUCCAUGAUGCUCAAGUCCGAGAGCUUCUCUAGCAUGUGUUCAAAGGAUGCCAAGGGCCACUUCAUCGAUGAUGGGAGGAACGCGAGGAGCUUGGCUAUCUGCGAUGCGCAGGACGCUGCGGUUCAACACCUGUACUCCAUUACGCUGUUCACGAUGACCAGUGUCAGUCUUGCGGCUGGCGGUAUGAUGGAUUUCUGCGGACCCAGAACCACAGCCAUCCUGGGAUACUGUCUGAGCAUCCUGGCGAGCUGCUGCCUCGCCGCUAGCCGCUGGGGGGGCGACGUCUUUCUAUACAUUGGAUUCGUGCUCCUGGGGGCUGCUACGGAUACCGCUUUCCUCCCAAUCAUGAGCAGCGCGCGUCUUUUCCCAAGCAAGAGCGGUUUCAUCAUUUGCAUCUUGGGAAGCGCUGCCUCUGCCUCCUUCGGAGUUCCCCCGCUGCUAGAAUUUCUUGCCGAUACCAUGGCGCUAAAACACCCGCUGGACAUCUUUUGGGGGUAUGCGGCGGCAGGGCCAGGGCUGUGCCUGCUGCUGACCUGUAUCUUCUUGCCGAACUCCGCAUUCUUGGAAGGUGGAGGCGAGCAGCCGGAAGCCUCUCCGCAGCAGCACUACCAAGAGUUGGUGGACGCUGCAGAGAAGGAAACGGCGGCACCCGACUCGGAGUAUCUCGUCUCUUCCGAUCCUGCAGUCUUAGAGACGCAGGAGCGGCAGCCCAACUCCGCAUGGACGUAUGUCUGCUCCUGGGAGUACAUCAUUCUGGCAAUUUACUUCUCGGUGGUAUCCUGCGCCGUUGUGUUCUACCAGGAAGCGCCAAGCCGCUACUUCAGCCCUCAGGUGGUGCGGGCAUUGGAAAUAGCGCUGCCGCUCUCCUUCAUUCCCUGCGCCGCGCUGGGAUGGCUGGCAGACAUCUGGGGAAUUGUGUCAGUCAUGGCGAUCGUUACUGCCAACGGCAUCAUGGCGUACGCGUGCGCCCUAUCCGGAAAUGACUGGCUGGGAUAUAUUUCUGUUUUUUGUUUCAUGGUUUUCAUCGCCGUCUAUACUAGCCAGCUCUUUGUCUACACUGAGAAGCGGUUCCCUGCGGUGCACUUUGGCAAAGUCAUCGGCUCUAUACAGCUAAUUGGAGGCUCCGUUGCGUUAAUCUGCAACCCCGUCUAUUCUGCAGUUGCGGUGUCGCAGGUCAUCUCCCUUGAAGAUGUUACUUAUUUUAUUAUUGCAUUCCUUCUCACGCAGUACAUUUGGCUCCUCUACCUCUGGCGAGUGCAGAAAAGCGAAGAAGAGGCCCUGGAGCAACAACUGAGUGAUGUUGGUGUGCAGCUGCAGAAAAAACUUCAGCUGGAAGCUCGACACACGCAGACGGAGGAGGUGUCCUUUGCCUAG